UCUAAGGUUCGAAAAGGAUUUCAAGAAAUAGCUAUAAAGGAGCCUGAUAGAUAUAGUAUUAUAAAUGAAAUUGAAGCUAAGGAUAACAAUCAAGUUCAUGUUGAAAUUGUCAACAAAGUCACUGCAACAAGGCCGGUUUUGCUAAGA